GUCCGGCCCCCGCUCCGCCCCGCGCCCGAUGUCGGAGGGGCCGGAGGAGGAGGAGUGGGCGUGCGGGCCUUCCCCGCGGGGCCCGCCCAACCCCGGGGAGCUGUACAGCGAGGGCCGGCGGCUGGCCCUGGAGGAGCUGCUGGCCCGGGGCCGCCGGGCCUUCCUGGCCUUCCUGCGGCGGGAGCGGCUGCCCCGCUUCCUCUCGGAGCGGGACAUCCGAGACAUCGUGCAGAGCGCUCGGCCGGCCGGCUCGCCGGGCCAGGCCCAGGCCCAGGCUCAGGCCCAGGGUCAGGGCCAGGGCUGGGCCGACGACUCGGCGGGCUCGGGCCGGGACUGCUCCUCCCUCACCUACUUCCCCGAGCGGUCGGUGGAGGAGCCGCCCGAGCUGGAGCUGGGCUGGCCGGCCUUCUACCGCGGCGCCUACCGCGGGCCCACCCGGGUGGAGGCCCACUUCCAGCCCGGGACCGGGGAGCCCGCCUACGCCUGCAGAGAAGCGCUGCGCAGGCAGAUCCGCUCCGCCACCCAGGUUAUUGCUUUGGUUAUGGAUUCUUUCACUGACAUAGAUAUCUUCAGAGACCUGCAAGAAGCCUGCAGGAAGCAGGGAGUUGCAGUGUACAUCCUCUUGGACCAUUCUCUGCUCUGCCAUUUCCUGGAUAUGUGUAUGAAUCUGAAAGCUUAUCCCGAACAGGAGAAGCUUAUGGCAGUCCGCACUAUUACUGGAAACACCUACUAUACAAGGACUGGGACAAAAAUCGUUGGGAAGGUCCACGAAAAGUUUAUGUUAAUUGAUGGUAUCAGAGUGGCAACUGGCUCUUACAGCUUUACCUGGACCGAUGGCAAAUUAAACAGCAGCAACUUGGUGAUUCUGUCGGGCCAAGUGGCCGAACAUUUCGACUUGGAAUUCCGCAUCCUCUACGCUCAGUCGAAGCCGAUCAGCUCCAAACUUCUGUCCAGCUGUAGGAUCAGUGACAAGUUUGAUCAUCUGGUGAGCAAAAAAAUUCCAGCGAAGGAACUCUCAGUGGGAAAUCUCUUCAGAAUGCAUCUAGCCAAACACACCAGCACGCCUAACAGAGUCGACCCGGAAUCAAAGCUGGUUUCAGAGAACGAGGAGGAGGUGAAACGCCGCGAUUCAGAGUCUUCCACCAUCAGUGAGGAGGACUUCCAAAGCAGCCGUGAGGCUGAAUUAGAUCUGAGAGAGGGAACUGACGCCUCCACCCAGACGGAGCCCUGGAAGAAGAUGGCCGAGAUGAGCUCGUGUGACGUGGGCACGCAAACCAACGUGGCCACGGCGCCUGUUGGAACCCAGACCUCGAUUGCCACCAGGGGGGUUGGCUCUCAAGCGACAGUUGCGACCAGAUCCUCCUCGACGCAGACCGACGGGGACGAGAACGGGCACCUGCCCUCGUCCCAGGGGACCGGGUCUAAGGACGGGUCACCGGCAUCCAAAAUGUCCCAGUCCACAUCUUCUAGCCUGAAGUCAACUUGUUCUUUGUCCUCCCAGGGUUCUGUGGCCAGUUCUACCAGCUCUCUGUCUUCCAUCAGGAACACCGAGUUCCUCAACCCCGGGUACCCAAAAUACCUGGGCAACAAUCAGUUCGAACUGUACUUAAGAGACUCCUUUAGAAACGUGAAUAAAGAGAGGCAGUUUCACUUUGCCGCCAUCCGGUUCCGGCUCAACCACAUGCUGGCCAUUCUCUCGAGGAGAACGUACUUGGCCGAACACUACCUGGGAUGUAAACCCGGAAGUUACAUGAGAACGCCCGUUAAUUCUAUUGGCAACAAUUUAUUAGCUAUUCGAGAUGCUGCACUUUAUCCUUCGUAUCGGUGACUGUUACUGUGUUUGUGUGUAUCUGUGUGUGUCCCUCUACCAACAGUUCGGCUCGUGACAUGAGCCUCCUUCCUUGACGGCUUAUGCCGACUACUCAGUGGCACUGUAUUUUUGUGUCUUUUCACUUUCUGUACCUUAAGCGCCUUAGCUUUAGUUUUUGAACACAAACUUUUAUUCCUCUUGGAGCUUUGAAUGUAUCUAUAUCCGGCAUAUGUGCAUUAAAUGUAGGUAUCUGUUAGUGUAAGGAAUGAUUAUUCCGUGCUCGUAUUUAGCACGGUUUUACCUUUGCUGUUUAAACGUUUAUUUCUUUGAACUGUGGUGGUGGUUUUACGUUUUUUGUGUAUACAAGGGAUAUAAAUACAUUGUAGGGAUUUGCCCUGCAUUAGGCUGAAGAUGCAAUCUUUGAUAAUGCUGUCUCUUUAUCUUAAUCACUGUUGUUUUCCUAUUUACAGGUGGAAUGCUAUAAUUGGAAAACUUCCACCCCCCUUGGAGCAGGAAACAAAUCUGAUUAUUUUCCUUUAUGCCAUGUACCCAGCACUAAAUAAAUAUAACUAAGUGUGAACACAA